AUGCCUACAACUCUUACCAGACUAAAGGCUACUCUAACCGCGUUCCUCGCAAACGAACGUUUCAAACAACUCCGCAGAAAAGCCCACCGUCUGAGCACCAAGGACACCCACUGGAGCGACCUGGAGUACCCAUGCAUAACCGCCCAGCACGAGUGGAUAAGCGAGCAUCUUGAACUCGAGAGUCGCGGCCUCGCAAUCCUACAGAGAAUCAGCAGGCUGGAAAGCAAAAGCACCACCACCGCCAGCGACAAUGAUGUCAACGCCACCGUCCAAGGCUCGAAGAAAGAACCACGCGAAGACACCCGCCUGACAGUCCCCGAAAAAGCCACGCUCCUAAACACCUUCAUUAAAAUCCAACAAGUUAUCAAGGCGCACCUAGCAACCAUACCGCCAGGCAACACAACAGCCGCCUUCGAAAUCGACAGCAAGAACCUCGAGCCUGGUACUGGCCGGCGCGCGCAGUGGUUCCAUGGGCGCCGAUUGUGCGCUGAGCGCGGGGGAUGUUGUGCGCGGGGCUGUGGAUGCUGCGAGAGGCCUGUUACCAAGUACAUUGAGCAUUUGCUUGAGGAUGGGAAGGGGAGAUGGACGACCGUGCCGCUUUAUGGGCAUUGUACGGCGGAGUGUGGGUGCUGUAUUAGGGAGAGGGGGGUUUAUGAGCCUGAUAAGAGGAUUCCGGAUGCUGGGGUUGUGAAGGGGAUUUGA